UAUUUUUUGGGUUGUGGAAUGAAUCAUCUGAGUUUCCAUUAUUUCUAAUGGGAAAAUUCGCUUUGAUAUUCGAGUGCUUUGGAUUACAAGCACGUUUCCGGAAUGAAUUAUGUUCGCAGUCUGAGGUUUUACUGUAUUUAUGACAUAUGAACGAUCAGUGAAAUUUAUAUUUAUAAUGGAUAUGUUUAUACUUGGGGUGUCACGGUGGUGCAGUGGUUAACACUGUUGUCUCACUGUUGUCUCCACCAAGUUUGUAUGUUCUCCCUGUGUCAUUAUGGGGUUUCCUCCAGCUACUGAAGUUUCCUCCCACAGGCUGAAGACAUGCUGAGGCUCAUUGGAGUUACCGAAUUGCCCAUAACAUGGUUAUGUGAGUGAAUGGUGUGUGAUUGUGCCCUGCGAUGGGUUGGCGCCCCAUCCUGGGUUGUUCUCUGCCUUGCGGCCAUAGUCUCUGGGAUCGGAUGGACUGUGCUGCCUGGACAUGGCAAGAUGUUUAGAAUCCAUCCCUGUAGAGCCACAUCCCAGCUGGCAUCAGUGCACACACUUCCACAAAAAAGCUCCAUCAUUUUUGAAUGUCCUCUUUUCUUUGCUCCUCUAUUUCUCCCUGAAGAACCUCAAUGAGAUAACUGUACCAGUGUUUUUGGAAGAACUGAAAAACACCACAGAAAACCUUCAAAACGAAAUAGAGAAUUCAACUGCCACUAUUUCUGCUAUUGUCGACAUUCUGAGCAGAAUUUCUGCCAUUACACAAACCAUCAACAGUGACGUGAUGACAAAUGUUUUGAAAACAGUGACAAUUUUAGUUUCAGACCAAUCUGACAAAUCCUGGGCAGAACUGAACAGCGAUACCAAAACCCAAAAUACAAGCUCUGCUUUGCUGGAAUCAGUAGAAAAAAUUGCAGAAAAUCUUUUAAGUGACUCCUUUAAAAUAAGUACAAAAAACAUUGAGUUAAGCAAAACAACAUUUACAAGCACUUUCAGUACAAGUUUGAACUCAUCUCAGAUAUUCAUCCCAAGACAAGGUCUUCCCAUCAACACGGGUAUCACAGUUAUCGUCUUUACGACUCUUGAGUUUGUCUUACCUCCACGGAGCACUGGAAACAGAAAGAAUGACUCCAUCAAUGGAAUUGUCAUGUUAGUUUAUGUAAAUGAAACCAUUAAUAACAUUUCAAUGACGUUCGACAAAAUAAGUAAAACAAAAGGAAACAACCAGUGUGUUUUUUGGAACUUCAAACUUUUUCAAGGCAUUGGAGGCUGGGACGCUACUGGAUGUGAACUGCAAUCUGAAACGAAUGACAGCAUCACCUGUUCCUGUAACCACCUGACUUCCUUUUCGAUGUUAAUGUCACCUUUUGUACCUGAAUCCAUUGAGGAUGCUCUAAAUUACAUCACGUACUUUGGAGUCGGCAUAUCAAUGGGAUGUCUGGUCUUAUGCCUUAUAAUUGAAGCAUUUGUAUGGAGAGUUGUCACUAAGAACAGCACGUCACACAUGCGACACGUCGCUAUAGUGAACAUUGCUCUGUCUCUGCUGAUUGCUGACAUAUGGUUCAUCAUUGGAGCAGCAGUGUCAAACGUAGGCCAGAGCACACCGGAGAAAGCAUGCAGUGCUGCAACCUUCUUCAUUCAUUUCUUUUACCUUGCCUUGUUCUUCUGGAUGCUGAUCUCAGCUCUCUUCCUCUUCUACCGUACCAUGAUGGUUUUCUCCCGCAUGUCAAAGCGCACUAUGAUGGCCAUUGCCUUCACGGUGGGUUACGGAGCACCACUCAUCAUUGCUAUAAUCACCAUUGCAGUCACUGCUCCCAAAAAUGGCUACUUUAGGCAAGAUGAUGCAUGUUGGCUGAACUGGUACCAGACUGAUGCCCUCUUGUCAUUUGUGAUUCCGGCCUUGAUCAUUGUUGUUGUGAACCUGUUGAUUCUAAUUGUGGUUCUAUAUAAACUACUGAUGAGGGGUGUUGGUGAGAACCGUCAGUCUGAGGAGAAGAAUGCUCUGGUGGUCAUCGCAAGGUGUGUCGCUGUUUUGACUCCCAUCUUUGGCAUCACCUGGGGACUUGGCGUAGGGACCAUGGUGGCACCUGCUAAUCCCGGAGUCCACAUUGCAUUUUCAGUCCUCAAUUCACUUCAGGGAUUCUUCAUUUUAAUAUUUGGGACUCUCCUAGACAGCAGUGUUCGAACAGCCAUCAUGGGAAAAAUUUUGUUUCUGCCAAAAACAUGUAACAGAAUAAGGAGUACAGGUGCAGGUGCAUCCUCUUGGGCUGCCCAUUUUAGAAGAGGAAGAAAAAACUUCUACAAUGUUUCAGAAGCUACAAGUUCAAGCCAGUCAUCAGAAUCAUUCAUUAAUUUGUAAAUAUUUCUGAGGUAUUUGAGUAUUUGAAAAUCAAAAUUUUAAAACAAUGUCUCUGUAGUGUCAUUGUAGAUGGUAGUGUAACUUAUUAAACUAUUAUGAAAUAGGCUGAGAUUUAAAUGUUUAUGCUAUGUAAUGAUCCAUUGAUGCUUGUAAAUUGAAAUACAAAUUAAGGACUGAAUGUUCUUAAUUUGCUAACAUACAACACUCUCAAGUGGUUGAAUAGAUGUGACUGUUUGAGUGAAUGCAAAAUUUGCUUAAAGACAAAUCAGUUUUUUUGUACUUUUCAACUUAUAUCCUGGAAAGAGUUUAGCUUUGAGAAAAUGUGAUGAAGAAUAUUAGGUUUAAAGUUAUGUUUUUUUUAUUUUAUUAAUUUAGAUUAAGUUUAUUCAUUUAGGGGCUGUGCAACAUUAAACAUAAUAAAUAAACCAAUUUUAUGGUCAUGCAUAAAUGUGCAAAUUACCAUUCUUAAAAGUAUAUUUUUCUUUUUAGUUUCUUAGUACUUUGGUAAUUUGACUGUUUAGUUAUGAAACUUUGCAGCUGAAACAGUGGUUGAAAAGCAUUGCUGUUUAUUGUUAAAGAAUCAUUCAUACACCUCCAUUAACAGGCCCUGCUGUUAGUUUUGUUCUGCUUUCUUAAAUAAAAGUUACAAGAACGACA